CCCGGCCCAACCCGGCCCGGCCCGAUGCGGCGGAAGCAGAAGCGGCUGCUGCAGGCGCUGGGGCUGGCGCUGGCCGCCCUCGUCUUCCUGCCCAACGUGGGGCUGUGGUCCCUCGCCCGCGACCCGCGCCCGCCCCACGGCGCCGCCAGCCCCGCGCAGGGCUCGCAUAUGAGGCAAAGGAAAGACCUGUACUUUGCUGAUGGACAAAGGAAAAAGGACUGGCAUGACAAAGAAGCUAUAAGGAGGGACUUGGAGCGCACAGGAAAUGGAGAGCAAGGUAAACCAUACCCAAUGAUGGACGCAGAGCGAGUGGACCAAGCGUACAGGGAAAAUGGCUUCAAUAUCUUUGUCAGCGAUAGAAUUUCCCUUAAUCGCUCUCUUCCAGACAUCAGACACCCCAACUGCAAGAACAAGCUGUAUCUGGAGAAGCUCCCAAACACUAGCGUGAUAAUCCCAUUCCACAAUGAAGGAUGGUCAUCUCUUCUCCGGACAGUGCAUAGUGUCCUAAAUCGCUCCCCACCUGAGCUGAUUGCGGAGGUUGUGCUGGUGGAUGAUUUUAGUGACAGAGAACAUCUCAAGAAGCGUCUGGAGGAUUAUAUGGCCCAGUUUCCAAGCGUGAGGAUCCUCCGAACCAAGAAGAGAGAAGGGUUAAUAAGAACGCGAAUGCUGGGUGCCUCUGUGGCAGUAGGAGACGUUAUCACCUUCUUGGACUCUCACUGCGAGGCCAACGUCAACUGGCUACCGCCUCUGCUAGACCGCAUCGCCCGGAACCGCAAGACUAUCGUGUGCCCAAUGAUCGAUGUGAUUGACCAUGAUCACUUUGGAUAUGAGACCCAAGCUGGCGAUGCGAUGCGGGGGGCAUUUGACUGGGAGAUGUAUUACAAGCGGAUCCCUAUUCCUCCCGAGUUACAGAAACCCGAUCCCAGUGACCCUUUUGAGUCUCCUGUAAUGGCCGGAGGACUGUUUGCAGUCGAUAGAAAGUGGUUCUGGGAGCUGGGAGGGUAUGAUGCAGGUCUGGAGAUAUGGGGAGGAGAACAGUAUGAAAUAUCCUUUAAGGUGUGGAUGUGUGGAGGCCGCAUGGAAGACAUCCCUUGCUCCCGAGUGGGCCAUAUCUACAGGAAGUAUGUGCCAUACAAGGUCCCGACCGGAGUCAGCCUGGCGCGGAACCUGAAACGCGUGGCCGAGGUGUGGAUGGAUGAGUACGCUGAGUACAUCUACCAGCGGAGGCCGGAGUACCGGCACCUCUCCGCGGGGGAUGUGGCUGCCCAGAAGGAGCUGCGCAGCAACCUCAACUGCAAGAGCUUCAAGUGGUUCAUGAACGAGGUGGCCUGGGACCUGCCCAAGUUUUACCCACCGGUGGAGCCCCCAGCUGCAGCGUGGGGAGAGAUCCGGAAUCUGGGCACCGGCCUGUGUGUAGACACGAAACACGGCGCGUUGGGAGCCCCACUGCGGCUGGAAACCUGUGUGAAAGGCAGAGGGGAGGCAGCUUGGAACAAUGUGCAGGUGUUCACAUUCAGCUGGCGAGAGGACAUCCGUCCCGGGGACCCGCAGCACACCAAGAAGUUCUGCUUCGACGCCAUUUCCCACAGCAGUCCCGUGACCCUCUACGACUGCCACGGGAUGAAGGGGAACCAGCUCUGGCGAUACAGAAAAGACAAGACCCUCUACCACCCAGUGAGCAGCAGCUGCAUGGACUGCAGCGAGAGCGACCGCAAGAUCUUCAUGAAUGCCUGCAACCCCUCCUCUCCCACCCAGCAAUGGCUCUUUGAACACGUGAACUCAACAGUCCUGGAAAAAUUUAACCGGAACCUCGACCUUUAAAGACUGCAGAUCUCUCAUGCUCUUGCGCUCUUUCUCUAUUUUACAGCUCUACAUUUUUACUGGGGAGGGUGACAGAAAAAAUUUUUAAAGAGUCAUUUUUUUUUAAAAAAACAAUAGGUAAUUAAGGUAAAAGGGAGAAUCUCAGGAGGGGGCAUGGCGGGCAGGCCAGGCUUUAUUUUGAAGAUGCUGCAUCCUCUUGCGGGGACGGUGAGAUUGCAGGCGACUUGGCCAGAGUCGUUUCUGGGGCCAAGGUGGGAGCUGGAGCUCUGGAUUUGGAGGGCUCUGAGUGCGGAUGGGGUCCUUCCUUCCCCGGCCACGAGCGAUCGCUGUGCCCUGCACACAGUUCAGUGCUGCCCUCCCCAUCUGCCACCAUGGUUCCAGGUAGACACUUUACCUCUAGGCAUCCCUUGCACUCGAGCAUACGGCCCAGGGCCCGUGUAAUGGAGACCUUGGCACAUGGACACGGGCUUCCAGUGCAGCAGAACAGAGAACAACCUGGCAUGGAGCAUGUCUUCUGUGCCCCCCCAGUUUAAAAUACACCCAGGGCAGCUCGGGCCUCCUCAGCAUCUUCCAGAGGAAGACGUGAGUACAAGGGAUGUAUUGCAUGGGGCAGCAGGGCCAGGUGUUGAAACACAUUUCUGUAAAUGGCGGGCAGCAGUGGGAAACAUCCAUGCAUCUUGCUGUCUGCCUCCCACUGCUGGACCUUGCCGUGCCAAGGAGCAGGGAAGGGUUUUCUUCUCAAUGUUGCAGGCUGCCGCUCAGGUAGUCAUGGCACCUUCUACUCCUACAGGACAAAAAGCACCGAGUCCAAGCCCCUGUGCAGCAGGAGGCACCCUGAGAGCACCCCAGGGCUUUGUGCGGGGAAAAGCCCACUCCGGGGAGCAGCCCCAUUUUCUUCUCAAGACUUAAGGCCAAAUUCAUACGGAGUACAGACAGCUGCACUUUGCUGAAUCCAGCUCCAGGGCUGUACAUGGGCCUUGGUCUUCCAUGACCCUAUUGUUCAUCUGUCCGCAGUUUGUGGCUGUUCCCAUUGUAAAUGCCAGAACUUUAAGCCCCAGGAGAACACGGCUUUACAGCAGCAGUUCUCAACUGGGAUGCCACGAGACCCUUUACAAGAUGCCACGCAAUACUAGCACUGUUCGGUGCAUAAACACCGGCACGCGAUUGCUAAGAUAAACCCAGAGAUUUCAAGCAGGGGUGCUGCCGAAUGCCAAAGUGUUAUGGAGGGUGCCUGGGGUCUGACAAGGUUGAGAGCCGCUGCUUUAGAGCAUUAGUCUUCAUGCCCAUGUCAUGCUCCCUGGGACCCUUCAUGUGAUGGGCAGCCUCUUUGCUUCAAGCAGGAUUCAGAACUGGGAUGAAAGGAAGGCAAGUGCAGGCUAAGGACACGGUGGGCUCUGCCUUGGAUGUCUGCAGCAGGUUAAUAUGCUGUCUGGAUUAUGCUGGGUGUUUGGCAAUAGUGAUUUGGGACUAGCUCAUCUUCUUGAUUUAUUGGUAAUGAAAAUAGCCAGAGGGUUUUGCUGGGAGUUGCUGGUGAGCUGGCCUACUGGCCACACUGUCAGGUGGGGCGUCCGUUCUCCAACUCAUGUCAUGGGAAACCUUCAUGGUAGAUGCUUGCAGCAGAGCGAGCAGUGGCCAGCUCUAGGUGAUGGCAAGACUCAUAAGUCACCCUGCAGUUAACUCUUGCAAAGAUGCUGCCCACACGCAUUUGCCAUGCCAUUGCCCAGCUGCUCAGUUUGACCUGCUGUCCCCGCAGGCAUGAUAAGAAAGGGAGGCCUGGGCAUCAGGAAGGGCUUGGGAAAAGCAGCAAUGAGGUUGGAGGAAGACCUGAUAAGCCUGCACCUUCUGCAGCAACAAAAAAGCUCCACGAUCCAGGCUUCUUCCUACCACGCUGCAUGAGGGAGCUCCCUGGCAGCUCCCUUCUCUCCUACAAGGCAGGGCUUCAACUAUUCAGGGUCUCGGAUGCCUCUUGGCAUGCCUACUUACUUCAGUGCAGGCUACUCAUGUGCAUGGGAGUGGGUGGAGGUCUCAUUUUAGGAUGCUGCCACUUGCUGUGUUGUGCCCCAUUGGGAGGGUGGAGAGGAGAGCGUGGCACACACGAGUGCCCUUUCUUGAGCGGUGUUUCUGGUCCCCCCCAAGAGCAGCAGCCAGCUCCAGCAGUGGAGGCUGUAGGACCCAGACCCACGUCGUACUGGGUCAGCGUUAGCUGAUUAAGGGACCCUUUUGCGUUCAAGGGCUCCCCCCUACAGACACUCCCCUCUUCCCUGGGGCAGAGCACCGGUUUCCAGAGCUUUGCAUGCCUGUUGGGUGCUUCCUCAAAGUUAUUAAUGCUUUUGUUAGCCUGGCGGUACCGACUGCCGAGUGCUAAAUGGCCUGACGAGAUGUCUUUAUGAAUGUUUUAGUACCCAUGGAACAAGAAGCCAUUUGUAUGAGAAUGGCACCAGUUUAUUAUAAUAGGGACACCAAGUCGGUAAAUGAUCUAUAAAUCUAUGGCAGGUCAUUCCCCUGCAGCUAGUAACAUUAGCGCCUGCAUUUUAGUUCCUCACCUAAUGAAAGGAUCCGCUUCUGUUUGAGUUAUGUGACUGGCUUUGUACUUGGGCUCACCUUGCGAGCAAAGUUUGGAGCUCUCCAUUGUUCAGCUUUUGGCAGAUGCUGGCUGCAGAGAGGAGGUAGCAAUAGGAAAGGCAGCCUUUUGCGUCCCAGUCAGCAAUCUGAAUUGGGCUUAGAGAAACUGGCUGGCAGGCUGCGCCCGAUGGGUAGGUGGGCUUAACACAGUCCCAGCUUGAUGCACACGUGCCCGCUAACACCUGGCACCAUGGCUGUCAGACUCGGCACGAAAGCUGAGAAGCUGUCAUCUCCAAAACUAACCCAUCCAGGUGUGUUGCUGACCCAUUUGACAAAGCACUGGAUUUUGGGUGGAGCAUCCUGUGAAUUCCCAGCAUCUCUGCCUGCUGGUUUGGUGGUAUCCUCAAUCUGUUAAUUUACUGACAUUAAUUAUACGUGUCGGUACCCCACAGGCUUUGUUGACUAAUGGGAAGUAUUACCAUUGCCAGCCCCCCUGCUGAUGGAGAAAUAGAAAUUGUAUUUCACCAUCCACAUCUUUAAUUGAGCUUCUCCUGGGCAGGCCAGUUAAUUAUUCCAAUUACUUUUAGUUAUUUAUAAGUAAAAUUGCUCAGGCAUGAAUCCAUAGACAUCCUCAUGUUUGCAUGCGAGUCAAGUUUGGGGCUUUGACGCCAUCGAGCCCUUAAUGGGAAACACAUGCUCUUCGUUUUUACCCCCAAAAUGGUUAUUUAAACCCUUGGCUGCAUAAGUCAUGCUGCUUGAAGCACCGCUGGGCAUCAUGCCCCUGAGGUGCUCUGGGAUCUGCAUGGACAUAGGUGUGCACCGAAUGCUCUUCCAGCUCGUGCUUGUUUCAUAGUGGUGCUAAUGCCCGACCCUGCGAGCAGACAAAACAGGGUUAGUGUCCUGUGCGCUUUAGAAAGGAGUGUUGUUUUUUUUUUUCCUUUUUUCUCCCCUUCCCCAAGAGGAAUGAUGGGCUGGGCUUCGUGAAAGAGGAAUACAGCAUCCUUAAAAUAAAGACGUGCCUUUUUAAAUGCAAAUGGACAGCAAAUGCUUAAACUUGAACCAAUUCCUAGUGCCUUGCUGGACAAGAGUGAAGGGGGCUAGGGGGAGGGCAGGCGGGGGGCAGGGAGCUGCAAGAAAGCUUGAUGCAUUGUGCAAUUACCAUUCAGGUGUGUGCGUGUGUGUGUUUUUAAAUGUCCAGUUUUAUGUGCAAACGGGAGGAGGGCAAGAGGCUGCAAGGUGGGGUCAGAAGAUGCGGAGGCCCCUGGGUUUCUACAUGCACUGGGUGUCUACUAAUUGCUUUUCAUCACACUCGAUGUGAAGGCUGAAGGUGGAAGCCUCUUCUCGGCCCCGAGUAGGAGUUAAACAGAUGUUGAAUCACAGGAUUUCUCGGCUGGCUGCUGUUUGUGUUGAUCUCCCUGGCAAAGGCACAUGUAUUUAUCUGUUCAACCUGCAUCCAGGAUUUUGCAAUUUUAUACUUGAACUGUUCGGACACGGGGCCUCUAACCGACAGUCCCACAGGUCCGUCCACCGAAGUGAAAGGCUAAUGAGAUGACUUCUAUAAAGUCAGCACCGUGGAUCCGUGGGAAGCGUGGGGAAAACAUUUAAAUGCCGUAAUGCAGAAGUAACAAGAAAGCAGUGGACCAUGAGCUGAAUAUGAACCAACAGUGUGCUCUUGUUGGAAAAGGAAAAAAAAAAAGCCAACAGCAUCCUGGGUUGUUUCAAAAGGAGCGUGUGUCACUUGCAAAUCAGAGGAAAUGAUUCUUCUGCUCUAUUCAGCCCCUGGGAGACCUCCCCUGCAGCCCGGUGUCCAGUUUUGGCUCCCACACUUCGAGAAGGAUGUGGACAGAAUGGAAAUUCUAGCACGGAGCAACAAAAAUGACAUUUAGGGGCCUGGGAAGUCAGACUUGCAAGGAAAGGCUGAAAGAACUAGGGUCAUUUAGUCUGGAAAAGAGAAGACGGUGGCAGGUGGUUUGAUAAGUCUCUUUAGUUACCUGCAUGGAGAUGGGCUUUUCUCUGUGACCAAGGGGACAGGACUAGCAGCAGUGGCCUACUAAUAUUAAAUCUGCAGCAGAGAAAAUUUAGGUUAGAAAUGAAGACAUUUCAGACUCUGAAGGUGGUCAAGUGUUGGACAGACUGGCUAGACAUGGUGGCAUCUCCAUCCUGGGCAGUUCCUUGGGUGGGAUGAUUUAGUCAGGGAUGCUCCUGCCCUGAGCAGGUGGCUGACCUAGGUGAGAUGGCAAGGUCCCUUCCAGUCGUACUUUCCUCUGAUCCUUCAUCGUCUUCCCUCCGCUCUGCAGCCGCUCGCAUGUUUUAACACUGGCGUUUAAACUAGAUCAGGCAGUUCAGGAAGCUUUGUCCCGUGCUUCUCUGGGAGCUGGCCUAUUUAAAACCCUACAAGAUGCUUGCGAACCCGGUGCACGGCUGCCUGGCGUAAGCACCAUGUCCCCAGAGCAAUUGCAGAGCCAAGCGACUGCAGCGGGUUUGCAGGAAUUGGCUCGCGUAGGAGCCACGCAGCCAUCCUGAAGGAUCACUUGGCUGAAGGGGAGCAGGCUUUUCAUUUGUCUUUUUAUCUGCUGCAAUCAGGAUGGAAGAUGUUUGUGGCUGAGCCAUGGGGACAGCUGGGAGCCAUCGGCCCGUAACGCUGGGCGAGAAACGAACCCCCAAGCCUGGCAGGGGUUCACCCCUCCGGCUGGCUGUGCUUCUGGCUCAUUAGCGCGUGAGGGUCAGGGGUGCACGUUGUGCCGCGUUACUGCCUUUCCCGGCCCCUGCGCUCCCGCAAGCAGACGAGUAAUGAAACGCACCCAAACGCUGAAGGCUGAGAGCACCGCACUUGUGAGUUAACAGCCCAUGGCAGAGGGAGCAUUAAAUGCCCAAGGCAGUCGUUACCAAACAUAAAAACCAGCAAAGCGCUUUGCUCUUUCCAUUCUGAAAGGAUCAUUUGCCACAAAGAGUCUUCUAAUGAUUUGUUUUUGCUUUAUUUUAUACGGAUUAAUAACGUGGCAAAACAGCGUUGUCAACAUACGGGAGAGGCGUAUCGGCGACCGCCGGUGUUUCUGCAAAGCUUCAAGCACUUCCAGGGGAGACGGCCUGGCCCAGUGCACCGGGGUUCUGCUCCCAGCUCAGCUACUGGUCGGCUGUUUGAGUUCCCAGUGCCCCCAUCUGUAAACGUGGGUAGUAUUUACCUCCUCCGGUAAGUGCUCUGCCACGUACCGCUGAAAAGGGGUCGCUCGAUUCAAUCCAAGUGACAAUUGGCGAAUGCAGUUCGGAGCGACGUCGGAGGAAUGGUGUGGUCCAGACUGGGGAAGCCGAGAGGCGAAGAUCCCACAGCACGGGGUUGUCUUCGCUUGCAGGCUCGUUACCCGUUGGCUAAGCUGCCUGCUUGCCUUGCCUGGGUUGCGGCAAACUGACCUGCCCCAGCGUCACGUGCAGCGUCACACAUCGCCUCGGAGACCCGUGCGUGCACCAUCGUAAAACCAGAGUCGAGUAGCUUUGUUUGGGUGUUUUGGGCUCGCUGACCCGGCUCUUCCUCUCUUCACAUUGUGUCCUCAACUUUCCCGAUGCUUCUGUGUUGCCCAGGAGGCUGCAGUGAUUCCAGCAGUUGCAUGGGGUUUCGCUCUUCGCCACGGAGGAACCACAGGGUCUUAAAACCACUCGUUCGGCAUGAAGAGGAAAGCGCUUAUCCCAGCUAGCAAGCAGAUGAAUGUGAAUGUGGC